AUGGAAUACCACUUCACACGAGAAGCACGAGAGUCUGCAAACGUCCCGGGUACGCAACUACUCCAGAAGUUGCACUCAGAGGUACUAUCACGACGAGAUCUGCCCCAACUACUCCACACUGACAUUGGCUCAGGAGUAAAGCAUUCCGGAUCGGUGCCUGUUCGAUGCAUCUCGCAACUUCCACGUCCUAACAGCUCUCGAGAGAGCCGAAGUGGCCAACAAACUGCAGCCAACAUGACUCCCGAAAAUCAAGUCCAAACGAGCUUGGCGGUAUGCGCACGAAGAACCUUCUCUCAACCACAAUCAGACCCGAGAGAGGCGAAGGACGUGCAAUCUCACAGCGAUAAGCGGCCAGAUUCAGCCGCAUGA